UUGGAAAUUUUUCACAGUUACGCCAAGACAUCUUCAAACGUUUCCACUGGGCCUGGGAGAUGGGCAGUUCUAUGCAUGGACAGAUGGCUUGAGAAGAAAGGACUGGCAUGACUAUGAGAGCAUUCAGAAAGAGGCUAUGCGCUCAGGGAAAGGUGAACAUGGAAAACCUUACCCCCUUACUGAAGAGGACCAUGAUGACUCAGCAUACAGGGAGAAUGGCUUCAAUAUUUUUGUCAGCAACAAUAUUGCUCUAGAGAGGUCCCUGCCUGACAUCCGCCAUGCUAACUGUAAGCACAAGAUGUACCUGGAAAGGCUGCCGAACACCAGCAUCAUUAUCCCAUUUCAUAAUGAAGGCUGGACCUCACUCCUGCGGACCAUACACAGUAUAAUUAACCGAACUCCAGAGAGUCUGAUAGCAGAAAUCAUUCUAGUAGAUGACUUCAGUGAUAGAGAACACUUGAAGGAUAAGUUAGAAGAAUACAUGGCUCGGUUUUCCAAAGUGAGAAUUGUUCGCACCAAGAAAAGGGAAGGACUCAUCCGAACCCGACUCCUGGGAGCUUCUAUGGCCAGAGGAGAGGUGCUGACCUUCCUGGACUCUCACUGUGAGGUCAACGUGAACUGGCUGCCCCCACUCCUUAACCAAAUUGCACUAAACCACAAAACCAUCGUGUGUCCCAUGAUCGAUGUCAUUGACCACAAUCACUUUGGGUAUGAGGCACAAGCUGGGGAUGCCAUGCGAGGAGCCUUCGACUGGGAAAUGUACUACAAAAGAAUCCCCAUCCCUCCAGAGCUCCAGAGGGCAGAUCCCAGCGACCCUUUUGAGUCUCCUGUCAUGGCUGGAGGUCUCUUUGCUGUGGAUCGAAAAUGGUUUUGGGAAUUGGGUGGCUACGAUCCAGGUUUAGAAAUCUGGGGAGGAGAGCAAUAUGAAAUCUCUUUUAAGGUUUGGAUGUGUGGAGGAGAAAUGUUUGAUGUUCCGUGUUCUAGAGUUGGUCAUAUCUACAGGAAGUACGUCCCUUACAAAGUUCCAUCUGGGACCAGCCUGGCAAGAAACCUCAAGCGUGUGGCUGAGACCUGGAUGGAUGAAUUUGCCGAGUACAUUUACCAGCGGCGGCCAGAGUACAGACACCUCUCCACCGGGGACAUCUCUGCCCAGAAAGAGUUACGCAAGCAGCUCAAAUGCAAAGACUUCAAAUGGUUCAUGGCUGCGGUGGCCUGGGACGUGCCCAAGUACUACCCUCCAGUGGAGCCCCCACCCGCAGCCUGGGGGGAGAUUCGAAAUGUGGCAGCAAAUCUGUGUGUGGAUAGCAAGCAUGGAGCCACAGGAACCGAGCUGAGGCUGGACAUCUGUGUCAAGGAUGGUUCUGAAAGGACAUGGUCUCAUGAACAGCUCUUUACUUUUGGGUGGAGAGAAGAUAUUCGACCUGGUGAACCAUUGCACACCCGGAAAUUCUGCUUCGAUGCAAUCUCACACAACAGCCCAGUCACCCUCUAUGACUGUCAUGGCAUGAAGGGGAAUCAGCUCUGGGGCUACCGGAAGGACAGAACAUUAUAUCAUCCUGUGAGCAACAGCUGCAUAGACUGCAACCCUGCAGAGAAGAAGAUUUUUAUGGCAAGAUGUGACCCUCUAUCUGAGACUCAGCAAUGGAUUUUUGAACACAUCAAUAUGACUGUUUUAGAAAAAAAUAGCCACCAUGCCACCUCCUAGAAAGAAGGAAGGAAAGAAGAGCAGUUACCUACAGACUAUGAACUGUACUUUAGCCAGCAUCUGGGUCAAAGGAGUCAGGAAUAACAUUUCCUAGAUCCAGGAAGCCUGGUUUAAAGAUCUUUAAAUGCCACGUCAAAGUAGGUUGCCCUGAAGAACUUCCUGCAUCUGAAGAACUUGGCUGAGAACCCCACCAGCUGCUUCUGAGAGCUCGAGACUAGCAGUUCCCUUGCUGGCCAAGGGUGAAGUUUGUGUAAGGACUUUUCACCACAACUGCUGAGUUAAUCAAUCCUAGCAUUUCUCAGGUCAAAUCCUGCAGUAGUGAGUAGCUAUGAAUGGAUCCUAUUAGUCGGGUGGGAGGGGGGUGGAAACAGUGCAUGACUGCUCUGUCAACCUGAGGCUACCACAGGUCUAGAACUACCACGCUUAAGGGGUGAGCUGUACUCUGGUGCCAUUCUCUGACCAAGAAUGGGUUAAGCAGGUUUAACCCUUAAAAGUGCUGCAGAUGAUUUUAGAGUGCUCCAUACCAUUCUGUUUUCCUUUGUGUCCUCUUAAAAAAGGUGCACUAUCUAGACUUCCAUCUCAGCCUCGUAUUUACAUUUGCCGUUAUCCUUUCAGAGCCUAUGUUACCCGUGCUUCAUAAAAGUUCCAUGUUCUGAAAUCAGCCGAAGUUCUAAUUCAGCACCCUUGGAUGAAUCCAGUUAAAAACAAAAAUAAACAACUAUGCUAUCCAGUGACUCCAAAGAAAGAUUUCACAGAAGCAGCAGAAUACCAUAAAGAGAGUUAGAAGAGAAAUUUCCCUAGGAAAUCUAUUUUUACUUUUCUAUUAUUUUUAGAAUUUUAAAAGUCUGAUGUUUGUCCAGUCAUAACUUUUAUUGAAGAAGGCAGUGAAAUGAGAUGGAUGUCAUUUGUUUAGGCUGUUGAAUAGAUCUGCACUUCAAGUGACAUGUAGAAAUGACUUUGUUCACUUCAAAUCUGUUUAAUCUGGAAACCUAAAAGUGAUUUUCCUUAAUUAUUAGUUUGAAGCUUUUUCCCUAUUGUUGAUAAUAAUAAUGUUGUUUUAUUUGGAAGCCCAUAAAAGGAAUUACCAUUAAUAAAAUGCUU